GGAUGAGUUUUGACCUACGAUGGCUGCCGUCGGCAGGAAUCAUCAUCACAGGGAGUCCAAAAUACCAGUUAAACGGAAAAUAAUGGGUUUUAAAACACACUGUAUAUUCGCUUUUCUUAUUUUAUCUACAAGCCGGUGUUUUGCGGACGAUGAUCACGAGAUGGAAGAGUUUCUGAAGCGGGAGUAUUCCCUUUCCAAGCCUUACCAAGGCGUGGGCUCCUUAGGCUCCUCCCACUGGGAGCUGAUGGGGGAUGCUAUGGUAACCACCGAGCAGGUGCGCCUCACACCUGACAUGCAGAGCAGACAGGGGGCAGUAUGGAGCCGCAUUCCUUGCCAUCUGAAGGACUGGGAGAUGCAGGUGCACUUUAAGGUUCAUGGGCAAGGAAAGAAGAACCUGAACGGUGAUGGUUUGGCCAUUUGGUACACUAAGGAGCGUAUGCAGAAAGGUCCUGUAUUUGGAAAUAUGGACAACUUCACUGGCUUGGGUGUGUUUGUGGACACGUAUCCCAAUGAGGAGAAACAUCUGGAGGCACAGAAGAAAAGAUAUACUCCCCGCACACAGAGGAUCUUCCCCUUUGUUCUUGCCAUGGUUGGGAAUGGCAGCAUCAGCUAUGACCACGAGCGGGACGGUCGGCCCACAGAACUGGGCGGCUGCAACGCCAUGGUGCGCAACCUGAAGCACGACACCUUCCUUUUCAUCCGAUACAUCCGCCGCAGGCUCACGGUGAUGAUAGACAUUGAUGGCCAACAUGAGUGGAGGGACUGCCUGGACAUACCCGGGGUGCGGCUUCCCCAAGGAUAUUAUUUUGGAGCUUCAGCCAUCACAGGUGACCUCUCAGAUAACCAUGACAUAAUUUCCCUGAAACUUUACCAACUGACGGUGUUGCGGAGUCCAAAGGAGGAGGAAGAUGAUGAAGAGGAGAUAACCAUACCAAGUGUGGAUAACAUUGAACUGCUCCGAUCGGGCCAAACUGAAGAAGGGAUGAGUGGAAUAGCUAUUUUCUUCACCGUGCUCUUCUCCAUGCUGGGUUGCGUCUUCCUCAUCGUCAUUGACUUGGUGGUUUACAGCCACUGGAACGAGAGCCGACGCAAGCGUUUCUACUGAGAAAGAACGGGGGAUGGAAAGACGGAGACUGUGGUAACUACUGAGGUCCGUGGACCCAUCUGCACUGAGAUGACAGUGAGACGCUGCUGUCAGCCAGCAGGGUGCAGUAGAUUGUUUCAUCCUGUGGACAACACCAGUUUGGCAGGAGAUGCAUCACCUGCUAUGAAAAGCCAUUUUCUACCUUUGCCAUUUGGUAGUCAUGAAGCAGUAGGAGGACUUUAUUUAACUCUUUGCCCUCAGCCCCCUGCCUGACACACAUGAACUCGGCCUUAACAUCCCCACCUCAGCAGACGUGCAGUGUCACAUGUCACACUUCUUAUGAGCAGCUACAUUUUGUUUUUUCUUGUUCUUUGCUGCAUUUGUAUGAGAUUCUUUAACAUAUUUCUCGUUAUUUUCAGUCCAAUUGGUGUUGAUUUUCAUGGCGGUGGUAAAUAUAAAUAUGUAAGUAUACCGUUUGUUCUUACUCAUGAUCCACCUGCACACCUGAAACACUAAGCAAACAGCGGGAAAAGCCGGUGAUGCCAUCUCACCUGUAGCCCCUUGCUAAGUAAAGAUGCAUCUGUGCUCUUCUUUGCAUUAGAAAUAGACUUCUGAGUGCUUUGUACGCCAUCGUUUGGACUGUGGGUGUACUGCUCUACUGUAUAAUCUCAUCAUGUAGUUGUAGUAAGCAUGACAUUCAUUGAGUUGAAUUUUUUAGGGAACUGUCCACCAAAUCGCAAACCUUUUUUCUGCAUUUACGUAAAACAUGUCAUGAAAAGAUUUUAAUGUUUCAAUUUAUUUUAUUUUUUUUAACAAUCUCACAAAAUGUUAAUUAAUAUUUGGCACUGUUCUAUUCCCCAGAUUUUUUACAUAUAUUUGAGAAAAUGGAAAGUUGUUUUUUUUCUUUUUUUUUUUUUAAUCAGUUUAGAGCAAAUUCUUUACAUUUUAUUUAUAUACAGUUUAUUUAUUUAUUUAUAUACAGUUUAAUGUCAUAAACAGACUUUGCACCAAAGGGACUUAAGAUAAUUUUAAUGACCACUAACUUAUUGGAAUUUAAUUUUCCUUUUGCUGACACUUUUUCUUUGAAUACCAAAUACUAAACUUAUCUUUUGUGUUAUGUAAAAACAAAGUCUCUGUAUUUAUGUUGACUGUGUUAUAAAGUGCAUGAACUGAACAAACAUGGAGCUGAUUCGGCCUCGGCCUCGGCCCCCGCCCCCAGCAUCUGUUUCAUGGCCAGCUGUGACUCAACCCCAACUUAUUGUUUAUAUUCCAGAAAUGCUUCCAGGCAUUCACGUCUACAUCAUUUGUCUUUUAUGCGGUCCUUUGUUUUCAAUCACGCAACGUGUCAGGUCCUUCUCAUUUCUUGUUGCCACUUUGAUAACCGCCCUACCUUACUUGUAUUCCCUUGUUGCCUUUUGUAUGAAAAUCGUGUGCCUCCUGUAUCCAUUCAGUGACCCUGAAAUUACAUUUGGUGUUGUUA